AUGACUCCAAUGGCUUCAACCGAAGAAGAUAGGAUUAGUGAACUUCCCGAUUCAAUUCUGUGUCACAUUCUCUCUUUUCUCCCAACCGAAUUAGCCGUAAAAACAAGCGUCCUCUCGAAGAGAUGGAAACCAAUAUGGCUUUCUGUCCCCACUUUCAAUAUGUUUGAUUACUUUUCAGAUCAUGCUGUAUGCUCAGUCAUGCAAUCUCGUGACGACAAUUUGCCAUUACUAUUAUUCCGUCUACUAUGCUCCGAUCCUGAAAUUUUCAAUAGCCUUAUCAUCUCAGCAACACAAAGAGGUGUUCAAACCCUAGAAUUUGACCUCUUGUUAGUAUCUUUAGAGAUGAAAACGCUUUCUAACAUACUCACUUGUAAGACUCUCACCGUUCUUAAGCUGACAAUGGUUUCCAUUAAGGAAUACGUUCCUGAAAUAAAUGUUUCUUCCUCUAUCAAAACUCUUGAUUUGGAUUCUGUCCAUUUCAAAUCUGAGAAACAUGUAAUCAGCUUUUUCUUAGCCUUUCCCGGUGUAGAGGAAUUGCGAACAAAUAAAGUAUGCGUAUAUGGUAAGCCGAAAGCUAUUCUAUCAACAAGAGGGAUUAUUAAAUAUUUUCCCAACUUGUUGAGAGCUAAUAUUUCUGAUACUCAACUUAUUCCAUUCUUUUCCCAUUCCAAGGAACUUGUUCUCAAUAUAAACAAGAAACCGCGCCUCAAGAAUGUCCAACUCCCCAUGUUUUUCAAUCUAACUCAAAUGGAGCUGGUUUUUAAAAGAUGGCAUUCCAAGUGGGAGUUGAUAGUAAAAAUGCUUCCACAGAGUCCAAACCUUCAACAUCUUAUCAUUCAUGAAGAGGAAAAAGAAAAUAAAAACGGAAUCAAUGACAAGAAUUGGGAGGACCCAGAGAUUGUUCCGGAGUGUCUUUCAUCUCGGCUAAGAACUUGUUUGUUUAGAUGUUAUAGAGGCUUAAAGUGUGAUGUUAAAUUUGUAGAAUAUGUUAUGCGGAAUUCAAAAGUAUUAGGCAUCAUGACAAUUCAGUGCUCAUCUAGUAUAGAUGUAAACAAAAAGAAUGAAAUAUUACAGCAAUUAUCAGUGUGUCCAAGGGGAUGUAAACUUUUAUUUGAUUGA